AUGGGUAUUGGGACCAUAGUAAACGAAACGAAAAAAAGAUUUCUGAACAUUUACAAGUACGUUCGCGGCAUUUUUGACACAAAAUUUCGACAAAACCGCGGCAGAGCUACACAUACUUCUCCUCGCGGCAGCACACAUGAAAAAUAUUUCGGGGGGACGGCUUUUGUCCAUGAAAACGCGGUAAACAUGACAGAGUCCGUACAGGACGUAUUCAACAUUGAUAACAGAGCACUUCACAUGUUUCCGGAUACUGUCAUCCCAUCGAUAGACCAAGUGCACCAAUUUUGCAACUUUUCAAACUACCAGUAA